AUGCCGGUACCCAUCGCUGUCUACAUCAUCGGCGGAGCAGCUACACUGGGGAUAGCAGCCCUCCUGCUCAAAGAUCCCGUGCGAGAGUAUAUCGACCGCAAGCGAGCCGAAGCUGCCUAUCACGCCGCGGUAUGGCAUGAUCUUCAGCAGGCAAGGCAGCCAUCGAGCGAUAAGCAGCACGAGGACGCGAGCGAGGUCGCCGGUCAGCCAAGAGGGACUGCAUCUGGCGUUGAUUGGGUCGAGGCUCACGAGAUGGGCGACUUGCGCCGUCGUGAUACUCAGGAUCAUGCAACGCCGGAGGAAGACCUGCUAGCAACGAACGAGCCGGAUCGAUCACGCUCAUCAUCGCCUCUCUUCCGUUCAGUCACGUCGGCGUCACGUUCAUCAGCAGGCUCGCUCGUGUCCGAAGCAUGGCCACCUCUCCAGCCUGCCAGGACUUCUUCGUCGCAAGGGUCAGAUGGGAUAAGUAGCGACGGAUCCUGGCUACCGCUGGACGAGAGCGAAGUCUUCGAGGUCGGCUCGAACGAGAGCGAUACAAGCUCACGACGACGCGAAUUCGCGCCUGGGCAGAUCGACUCUCUGCACGCUUCGGUCAUCGAUCUCGGCGAGGACACGGACGAUGAGAGCUCCGAUUCGCCGCACGCAUCUGCGAGACUAUAG